AUGAAGAAACGAGGACAUCAGGACGAACAUGCAAACAGUCUCUACCCAGCUGAAGGGAAGGGGACGCACAGAGAACGCCAUGAACUGUGGAAGGCAAAGGAAUUUGAUGCUCGAGGUUCGCGAUCACGAGGAGCACCAAAGACGAGGGGAUUUGUUCAUGUCGCCGCUGGUUGGUACAAGCCAAACCCUGAAGACCCAGAGAACUCGUCCAUCUAUGAAUACUUGGUUUCUAUGGAUCUUAAAGGGAUGUUGGUGAAAACCGUGGCCAAUCAGGCACUCGGAAAGAUGGUUCGGGACGAUAUGGAGAACAAUAGGAUCUACGCCCUCAAACUGGCCGCUCGUUAA